GUUUCUCACACCCACCCCUGCACACACACACACACGCCUCCUCCCCCCGCUCCUCCUUUUAGCAUCUGAAAGGACCACUGAGUGAGAAUCGAUGGCGCAGAGGCCCGCUUGACAGGACAAUAAACUACAAAGAAGGGCAACCAUGCUCCAACAGAGGGGGGAGCAGUCUCUUCCACACAGCCGCCACCAGCACAUCGGCCAGGAGUCACCCUCCAGCCACCGACUCUUCCAGACAACCGAGCCCGGCCACCACUUCCCAUGAGGCGGCCACCAGCACUCAGCCCUAUCGCUCUGUAUGGAGCCUCUCGUCUGUGAAUGGACAUGGAGGAUGAAGAUGGGACUUGUCUUCUUGAUGUUUUAUGUGACCCCCAAGCCCUGAAUGACUUCCUUCAUGGGACGACUGAGCUGCAGACUGAAGACCUGCUCAUUAGCGCCUCCUCUGGGGAGCCCUCCCUCUUCACAGACGCCCCGAGCCCCGUGUCUCUGCUUGGAGAUGGCGGAGACUCCCCGGGGACGCCUCCGCCCGGCUGUGUGGAUCUAUCCUUCCUGGAGGACGCCCUCCUUUCGUCACCCGAGAGCAGAGACGACUGUCAACAUCAGGUGGACAUGCAGACGGGGUCCCCCAUCGGGUCUCCCACGGGGUCCGGUUGCGAGUCAAAGGAGGGAGAGGAGGAGGCGGCGGCGGCCCCGGCCCCGGCCGGGGAGGAGGAAGCAGAGGUGGCGUGUUGCGACAUCCUCCAGCAGAGUCUGCAGGAGGCCGACAUCACCGAACAGACUGUGGCCCUGGAGGGGGGGCUGACCCAAGACAGCGUGUCCCUCUUCUUGCCACCCACUGUGCCAUUUGUAGCCAAGACUCCCUCCGUCGCCCCCGCCUUGCCCAGAGACACUCAGGCAGCAGUGGAGCCCCCCCAGCCAUCCCUGCUUGCUGUCGGACCAGGCUGCCCUUCUCUGAAACCUGCCGCCCCCCCUCAGCUGAUGGGGCUCCUGCCUGGAAAUGUUUUCCCCGCCCCUUCACCAGAGACCACGUUCUCCCUGAGCCCGGUUCAGGGUUCCAGUAUGAUCAUCCAUAAAGCCAUGACGGGCGUCAUGGGGCGACCUCUCCUCACCCCCACUUUGAGAGCGGCAGCAGCCCACGGUGUCAUCCUGCAACGUGGCCCCCUCCCCAUCCAACCCAAGCUGCCCAUCAGCAUUCAGCCUAAACUGGUCCAAAUUAGCCCAAAGCCGUCGGGGCAACCCCCGCCGGGUCUCACGCUCAUUCCUGGGACCGUUUCACCAAAUAUUCUACUUUCUCAGCCUCCGGGCCAGAAACCUGCAGCGCCCCCCCCAGCGGCCCCCAAACCGGUCAGCCUGCAGCUGGUCAACCAGGGCGGCUCCUUUGUGCUGCAGCCUCAGGGACUCUUUCCAGGCCAAAACCAGUUCCUCCUCCCGGGUCAGUCCCAAGUCACCAUCUCCCAGCCUGGGGCCCCACCUCUACUGACUGCCAAUCCACACGGCCGAGGCGGGACCACCGUCAGUGGGCACCUCAUGGACGGGUCCCAGAUCUUAGCGGUCCCCCAAAGACAGGUCAACUUCAGCCCCGUCUUCACUACCACAGGGCAGCUGGCUCUCAGCCAGACCGCCGUCCUGUCGGGACCGCUACAGCUGCAGUCGGCCCCAUCGACAGUCUUCCAGAUGCCGGCGCAGCUGGCUGGGAGCUACACAACAGGCGGGCAGCGGGCCACCUUGGUACACGGCCCUACACUGGGAAAUCACAUAACGGUAAUCAACAGCGCUGGGGUGCUGCCUUCGGAUCUGGCCUCCAUCUCCAUCGUCAACGCUCCGUCUGUGGUGCAGGGCCUGCCCUUUGCGGCUCAGGCAUCGCUGACGGAGCCGCCCCCGCUGGGGCUCCAGCCAGCCUCUGUAGUGCUGCUUCCUGAGAGAGGAACGCCCGAGGAAAGGAACGCUUCGGAGGAGAGCUUCCUUCAGCUGCCACAGCACUUCGGUCAGGUGACCCGACAUCCUGUCUCGACGCAGCCAGCCACCCCUCCUUCACCUUCCAUCAUGGCGUCCCAGACGGAACCAGCUCCAGCCCCGUUCGUGGAGAUGCCCUCGGCUGACUUGGUCCAAGUGGUGGAGGAGGUGGCCCAAUCUCUGAGCCAGAACCAGGACUUUAUGCAACAACUACAACAGCAAGCACUUAGCUCCCCCAUCACGUCUGACAUGCUGGUCGGAGCAGUCCCACUGGUCCCCUUGGACUCUCUCGCCCCCUCGGUGGACAAUGAGCAAGACAGCCAACAAGCGACCGCCAUGUUGGAUCCAUGUGUUGACUCCUCCCCGCUCCCCUCGGAGGACACGUCGCUGCUGAGAGCGUUUCAGUCAGCGGCCAUGCUCUCCGAUCAAGACCCCCUUCUCGGACCGGAGAGUUCCCCCACCCGGUACCAAGGCGCCCCUGAGUUCCGGGGGUCUCGGUCUCUGUUUGUCACCAGUCAAAGGACGCUGGCCUCUCCUCAGUCCUCGGAGCCCCCCUUCACCCCUGGAGCCCCCUCCCCUCUGCAGGUCAACAUCCCAGUGCCUCAGCAGCAGCCGGACCAGUCAGCUGCCAGCCUCUGUGGAGGGGGAGGGGUGGACGCCAGUCCUGUCCAACAGCACACACUAAACACACCAACAGCUGCCUUGGACGUGGAGAGCCAACUGAUGUCUCUCCAUGGCCACCCGUCCCCUCCUGACAGCCAGGAGGAACACCGCCCGGCCCCCGGGGAUGGCGGCCCCUUCACAAGCGACCAGCAGCUGGCGGGUGUGGAGCUGCGGCGAGAAGAACCAGUAACACCAGCAAUGCGACGCCACAGGUUUCAACAGCUGCUUUGCACGGACCACAUGGCGGUUCAGAACCCGAACACCAGCACCGCCUUCUCCACCCUGAGGGACGCCGCCCGCCGCCUGCUGCCAUACCACGUGUGCGCCGGUCUCCUGCCGACUCAGGAGGACUUCGCUUUAGUGGACCAGGAGUUUGACACGGUGUCCGGGUUCCUGCUGAGGCGCACCAAGGACAUGGUCAACAAAUACAGGCAGCUACUGGUCAGAGAAACACAGCAGGAGAGUCCAUCGGCUGAAAUGGUGAUGCUGGAGCGCCUCUUCCUGCAGGCAGAACGGUUCUCUUUGGGAGAGGACCGGCGGCGAGCCCGCAGAGACCCAGAGUACUUCAGGAUGUCCUUGGCCGCUUCAGUGUCUUCCUCGGGGGCCUCGUCCUCCUCUCCCCCGGCCUGGACUAGACUGUCAGACCGCCCCCCGGGCCUCAAGACGUACCGCUCCAGCUCCAGGGGGGCUCUCAGGCUUACCAUCAAGCAAGAGGUGGUGCACGGUUCUCUGAAGCGGGACCACAACGGCCGGCUGACCAACGGUGGCGGAGGAGGGGCGGCCACCCCGCGCCCCCCUCCGGCGACCAACGGCUCAUCCCAUCAUGCCGACUUGGAUGAAAACGGAGCUGAAGGAGCCUCGCGGGCCCCCCUAUCCAGAAUGAAAGAGCCUCUUCCAGUGCCACAAGCAGUCGGUUUUGAGCCGCCCCCGCGGGACACCCCUAAAGUGAAAUGCCUCAGGCUGGAUGUGCCGCCGCACGCCCCCCUCCAGGAGGACAAUGUGCUCAGCGAACAUCUACAGAGCGCCAUCAACAGCAUUCUGGAGCUGCAGCGCUUGCAGGGGCCCUCAGGCGGCCCCCUCAGCAGGGCCUCCGCGGGGCCCGCACUGGACCAGCCCGUCACCAGCGUCUUAGGGGGUCACCUGUGAGGUUGUCUGGCCUGAACAGGUUCCACAGAGAUCCCGGAACUCCCUCUAAAGUUGGAUCUUCGUCUCUUUUGCUUGGAAGGUUUAGUUUUUGGAGAAACUGCUUGACUGCUCCUGGGAAGAAGACGGGAACAGGAACAGCAGCACUGAGAAGAGACGACAGCACUAUCAGUAGUUCCACAAAUGUUAGAUACUUCAUUUCGAUGUACGUUUGUGCUUAAAAGUAUUGGAGUAGGAGCGCUACGGUUUCCUAGCAACCUCCAUCAGCUUCUAGAUAAAAGUCAUAGUGAGGAUUAUGGAAUAGUUUUUAUAAGAUUUCGUUCCCAUAGUGCCAAGCUUCCAGGGUAUUUCUUUUUUUUACGUGUGCCAACAUUACUGUGCGGCGUCUUUUCAAGUCAACUCCAAAGAACGCCUGAGACGCCGCCACAAACCCUGAACACACCAGCAACAGCCGGCUGGCCUCCCAGAACCCGCCUGCUGGACUCCGGAUGCUGUGAAAUGUCCCUGAGAGACGAUGUUGGAUGUUUGAACAUGUAAGCAAUAAUGACUAGGGGU